AUGGGAACAUCAAACUCUAAACCAACCCUGCAAAACAAAGGUCACAAAAGGACAGCCUCGUUUGAAACUUACCCAACCACUACUCCGAAGAAGCCUAAAACCACAAUUGAUCUAAAAACUGUUAACAAAUAUGAAAAUAUUAAAGAAAGGGCAAAGCGAUCAUUGUAUUCCAUGGCAGACACCAUUAGACUUCCAUUCGUCAACAGAGAGCAAUCGUGUGAAGCCUUAAUGCUGAAUCUGAUACGACAAAAAACUUCAGUUCAUGGAAUGCUUCCAAUUUUGAGUCAGCAUUAUGGAAGCGGAAAAACACGUCUUGUUCAUGAGUUUCGUAAAGCACUACCAGAAAGAGGCGAUUUAUCAUCGCUAAGAUUAACUGAGUCUUCUAAUAUCGUUGCCAACAAUUUAAUGAAAGCAACUCUUGUAAAUAUGGACAUGUCUAAUGCUACAUUGACAACCUCCCUUGAUAAUGAUCUGGAUUUUCCUAAUGGUGCUAUUUCAGAUCUAUUCUUACAAGAAGUAGUUAUUGCAUUGAAGCAUCUGUCAUCAGAGAAUAGUGAUCCACUAAUUUUAAAAUCGUUAAGAAUUCUCAACUGUAUAAGUGUGCCAAAUAUUUAUGACCUUAAUAGAGAAGAAUUAAUCAUUUAUGAUUGCUUAAUUAAGUGCACUAAGUGGGCCAGUUUUCUUCGUAAAUAUUCUCAAUUUGAAUUGUACCCUCUAUUGAUACUAAUAGAUGAAGCAUCAUAUUUAGAAUAUCACUACAAGGAAGGAUAUUCCUCCUUUGUAAACCUUUGGGAAAGUACUUUCAAAACAACAAUGGGAUCAUACGGAGAUAAAGUAAGAACACCUGGUAUCUACUUUAUUGUUUGUGGAGUUUCCUCAAACUUAACCAAGUUGGGAAGAGGUUUACUAAAAGUUUCGAAUAAGGUUAUUUCGCCUACACCCGCUGUGCAUAUUAUAUUGGAUAUGCUAAAAGUAGAUCACAUUACAGAAAUGUUCCAGAAAGUGGUUGUAACAACAGAUGGAAAUAACAUACGAGAGUUCACUGAAAUAUUUUGUAAUAUAGGAAAGAACUACGAGUACUUUUGUAAAGUGGUAUUCAUCUAUACAAUAGGAUUGCCCAGAUUGAUCGAAUAUGUUGUCUUAUCCUUACUCAAUUUUGUUAAACAAAAUCAUUCAAUAGAUUUCAGCAGUAGAGAGAGAAUAGAUGCUGUAUUUGAUAACUUUUUAAUGAGAAAAGAACUAGCCCUUGUGAGAAAUGCAAAAGAGAUUUGCCCAUUCUAUACCAACCCAUUCAAUGAUGAGAAAAUCGACAGACUUAUAGCACUUUUUACGAUGGGACUAAUGGGAUUUCCCGUACCAAUCGCUGAUGAAUAUAUUUCAGAGAUUGAUCUACUACAUAAUCUGAAUGUGGCUGUUGAAACACCUACUGUUAACGAUGAUCGAGUAUUCAAAAUGUAUAUUCCCAAGUUCACUUUGAUUAAGGCAAUGAAUGAUAACAAUAUGAAACAUAUUUCAAUACUUUCUUGCCUUCCUCAAAGAUUUUAUGAUUACAUAGAUAAAGGUGAUUUACUCAAACAACUAUUCCUUGACACAAUUCUUACCCGUAUAUUAUUUACUCUGAGGACUUCAGAUUCGAACGAAUGGGACAAAAUUCAUUCGAUAUUUUCACUUCCAAAAAUCUUGAAAAACAAACAGUUGGAACUGGAUAUGAACCUUCCUGUUAGAUAUCUCCCUAAAAUUGUAAGCUCAGAUAAUAAGAACACCCCUAAAGCUCUUUCUUUUUCUAAAAGACAUCCCUGGUGUUUCAAUAUGAGUUACAAGUUUUGGAAUGAUCUUUAUGGAUUGCAAAUGAAUGGCGGCGUGAUAGGUCAUCCGGCUCCUAAAUCCAAAAGUCCAGAUUUUGUAAUAUCAGUUCCACCAAAUUCUGCCAUAUCUAUUGCAUGCAAGAAUUUUUCCUCCAAAUUCUCAUUAAAAGAGAAGUUACUUCCAUAUGCUGGUGGAAGUUAUGAAACAGCAUCCAGUGUUACUGGAGGAGAAGGUCAACCACCACCACAUCCAGUUACCAUUCCAAGAAUGCUUGGAAAUGGCCCAUCUCUACUAGAUUUGAGAUUGCCAUCCAAUGUACUGGAAUAUAUACUCGAACUCUUGAGAACUAACUCAGGUCCAGGAUCUGUACUAAACGAAAAGGUUGCACAAUCUGAAAAGGAUGAAAAGGAAGCCAAGGAUUUUGAUAUCUUCAAUCCUCAUCAUGAUCAUCAUGAUAAGAACGAUGAUGACUAUGACUACAAUCUAAAUUAA